AUGCCACGGCGCUACCUCCUGUGGGCCGCCGCUGCUGCGGGCACUCUGUGCAGUGCAACGUCCGAUGAUGCGCUCUACACCCCGUGGUCGGCCAGCGGCGAGGCGACGACCGACUCGCCGAUGCUGCUGCAUUCUGCCAACGAAGGCUAUACGCACCCCGUCUGCGAUCGCGCGGUCGGCGGUAUCACCAAGCCCGACUGCGUGUACCCGGUUUUGAUUGCCAUCUCGAGCUGCUUUCGCAACGCGACUGUUCUUGAUUCGAUCGGGUCGUGGAUCGAUCGCCUGCGCCGUAUCACGCGCGACGAAGCCUACCUCAUCGAUGACCAGACGUGCUCGCUGGUGUGGCAAACCAUGCAAUUGGAGGACGACAGCUGCGCCACAAAGACGCCCAAGCCGGCGCCGACUCGGUUACGGAAGCCGACCCGCGCUCCGAUUGCCAUGCACCGGUAUCAUCGCCCGCAACACCACAGUACCCAACACGCGUGGUUUAAGGAGGUAUCGCACGUGACGCCGGACAAAGCAGUACGCGGGAACGUUUCGCUGACAGCGUGGACACCGCGCCCGAAUGCCGCCCUCAUCGAGGCCCACGGGCGGCAGCUUUUGCACGCGCUGCUACCGGAGAAGCGCAUCGUGGCGCUGCUGCCAGCCGACGAGGCCGAAGCACUUGUCGCGUCACUCGCCCACGACCGUGGUGUGACGGCCGUAUCCAGUAUCAUUAUAGCAAACGACGAUCUGGCAGCGCUCGUAGACGUGGAUCUGGUGCCAUGGCCACAUCUGGACACGUGGUACUACUGCUCGUCCCGGCUUUUGCAUGGCAAGCCGACGCUAUACCUCGACGAAAAUGGUACGCGGCAGUGCGUCUGUCGGUGCCCAAGUGGCUCGGACGUCGUGCUGCGUGCGUCCGGCGCUGUCUGCGAGCCCGUCGACGAAGCGCCUGCGGACGGGCGAUGCGUGCACGCCAACCGCACGCUUGUGUACGAGAUUGCUUCGCCGUCUGUCGAUCGAGAUGACCGCAACCGGUGCCACAUCCGCCGACCGCCGUCGAUGAUGCAUGUGCCGUUUCCGCUGCAGCCGUCGGCCACCGUAGCGAUCCACGUCCGGGCCGCAACGAACGCAUCAGCAAACGAUGUCUACGCGGGCGUCGUGCCGUCGUUGCCGUCAAGUGCAUUGGACGACGUCGUAUGGAAUUCGCCGGGAGCAUACACCAUCGACGUUGCCAGCAAUGGUACCUCGUGCCGCGCCUGUCUUGUGAUCCGGGACCUCUACCGGCCACGCAGCACGCAGUCGUGUCCGAAAAUUCUCUGUGAUAGCGCCGUGUGCGCGUGGGCGGCACCAGGCCUUGCCGAGUAUACGCUGAGCAACCUCGCAGCGGCGCAAGCCAACGUCGACCAGCACUUCAAGUACGGUAUCAACGCCGAGAACGACGCGUGCAGUGCGGCGCGGUGCGAUCUCACGUUGUUCUCACGGCGGGACUUUUUCGAGCUCAACGAGACAAAAGACAGUUUUGUGCUGGGGCAGACGUGGCUCCAAGCACCCGUCUCGGUCGACGUUGGCCGCCGCCUCGAGGCGUCCCCGUUCGGCGCCGACGACGGAAAGCUCCAGCUGCCAUCGCCGGUGGCGCGACACCAGUGCACGCGCUGCAGUCACCUACAGACGACACUGCGAGAGCUCUGGGUGCCGUUUGACGAUUGCAAGAGCGCUCCACCCGCACCGGAAUGCAGCGGCGCGGAUGUCGGAUGCACGACACAUCAGUGCUUGGUGGCCUCGGGGCCGACGCUGUUUCUGGCAGUGGCGACGAUUGCGCCGGCGUAUGCAGCCAAGACAGCACAACUCAUGGACGAUGUGUACCCGACGCUAGCGUACAAUGGGUCCCAGGACGUUCAUAUCCAGCUCGACUGCUUCGCCUUGGGCGACACGGACGCGACAUGCGCCCACAACACGUCGCUGCACGCGCUCUUGACGCUGUCGUCUGGUGUAGUGGACCACUCUUUGCUUGCCAACAUGCAGUCCGACGGUUCUCGCUACGUCUACUGGCGACACCGGGUCGACGGCGGGCCGUGGAUGGACAGUGCAAACGAGGCCUCCCUUCGCUUCCACCAGCUCGAGACGACUGUUCAUGUCCAAGCGUGGUCGCAGUGCGGCCUGGUCACGGAGGCGAGCUUUCGGAUUCUUCUGCACACGCGGGCCGCGGUGUGCGUCCAAGAGGCCUUUUCUGCCAUGUGGUACCAAGCGUCGAUGGUCGACGCCGGGGCAGACGUCUUCUGCGCGUCGACAGCAGGGAUUGCCGAAGUGACGUUCGACUUUGACCCGUCCAUGGGACUCAGCUGCGCGAAAUCGGCCAAGUCGCCAUGGACCUUUGGGCGUCUCGUGUGCUACGGCCAAUAUGCCACCACGUCCGAGAAGGCGGUCUUGGUCGACGCCACGAGCGCGGUUGUGCGUCGGUUUGCCGUGUACCUCGACCCAUUGGCGACACACACGACGACUCUCAAUGUCACAUGCGCGUUCACAUACAGCAGUGUCGGCUACAAUGCGACGCAUACGGCGCUUGCAACCACGAAUCUAGAGAUCACAGCGUGUGCGGGCGACAUACCGGCCUUCACGACAGUGUGCCAAGGCAUCGUAGUUGACCGCGAAUGCAACAAAACGCGCGUGCAGUAUGUCUCCAAGCGCUGCGACGGUUCCGCCGUGUGCCGACCGCUGCUCGCAUUGCCCGUGGACGUCUACGACCCAACGAUGGAGCUCGCUUCGACGCAGGACAUUUACACGUGCCUCGUCGUCGACGACAUGCUGCUCCUUCUGGCGUCGCACCCUGCGUCGCCGUUUGUGGGUGGUCUCGGUGUCCUAGCUGUCCUCGUCGGUAUCGUCGCCGGGGUCCAUCGCCACCAAAGGUUUCGCGCCGACCACGACACAGACUACUAUGUCAUGGUCGACGCCUAG